AAGAAGACCCAACCCUCGCGACACCUCGGAGCUGCAGACGCGCUGGUUUCAGAAAGUGGCUGCGGUGCAACCACAGAGUCCAUACACAGCUUGGACUGGGUUACACCGGGGUUAGCUCGGCCCAGCUCGGCCCAGCUCGGCCCAGCUCGGCUCCUCACCCUAUUCACCGGAGGGUUUUAAACAACCACCGAAGAAGUUCUUCAAACUACCGACGACCCGGAGAGCGUCAAGUUUGAUCUGAGCGUGAUGUCAUCCUUCCUGGGCGUGACCAGCCCCUGGGGAGCAGAGCCUGAGGAAGAGGAUCAGUGGGACGCUGAUGAAGCUGAUGAAGCUGAUGAAGGUGGAGACGAGACGCCUCCUCCACUGGAUCCACUUCAGCAGCUCCAGGACUCAGAGGCCAGGAAACCUUCAGGGGUCAAGACGACGAGCGUCGGGCUGCAUGAGACCAGGAGAGGAGACAGACAAGGCUGGUCGGUGGAGAAGGUGACGCAGCGUUUCCUGCAGAUGUUCCUGACGGUUCCCGACGGUUUGCUGGACCUCAGGCAGGUGAGGACGAGGCUGCGAACCCACAGGCAGCGAGUCAACGACAUCACCAACAUCCUGCAGAGCAUCAACCUGAUCGAGAGGCACUCGACCAACGUCAUCAAGUGGAUAGGAGGAAGUCCCGCCAGCAGCUUCCUGACGAAGAACCAGCAGAAGAUCCAGAGGGAGAUGGAGAACCUGAAGGUGGUGGAGGAGACGCUGGACUCGCUCAUCAAGAGCUGCAGCCAGCAGCUCUUCAUCAUGACGGACGACCAGGAGAGUUCACCGAUGGCGUACGUGACGCUCGGGGACCUCAGUCGACUCCGAGUCUUCCAGGAGCAGACGAUGCUCGUCGUCAAAGCUCCGGACGAAACGACGCUGAGCGUUCCGGCUCCGUCAGAGGACAGCAUCCGUGUCCAUCUGAAGGGGGCGGGUCCCAUCAUGGUGCUGACCAGUGACGUGACUGGAGGACAGAGCGUCCGCUUCAUAACUCUGGAGGAAAGUCGAGUGACAACGACCGAUCUGCACACAGAGUCACAGAGUUCACAGAGUGCCGUGCGGAGAGUAACCAGCUGACCACCAGGAGGCGCCAGUGGUCCGUGUGAUAGGAAUGUGUGCAGGUAUCAGCUGGACGUGUCCCUCUAACAGACACUGACCAACACGUGGUUCCAACAUGGAGACAUGUUCCUGCUCGAUGUUCUGACUUCUACACAGAUUAGUUUUUAUUUUUCUAUUUUACUUUGAAUCAUCGACUGACAUUUGCUGAAGAAUCUUUUGUCUUUGUCUUUUGUUUGAGUUGAGAAAACAUUUUAUAUCCAAAUCAAACCUGGAAUCAGUGAAAUGAGCCUUUGUGAUAAUAAGAGAUCGUCUGAGGUUUAGUUGUUGAAAAGUCUCAAUGAACUCGGUCUUAAAUACUUUUAAAGGUUUUAACUGUUAACGUUCACUUGAUGUUUCUGCUGUCGCACUUUAAAAUGAGCGUUUUAUUUAAAGGGACCUGUUGUGGCGUCAUGUGGAGUUUGUGUAGUGUCUCUGGGUGUUGUCGUCCUUCUCUGUGACACAGAUAUCAACACUAAUAAAACUACAACGUGGAA